UUUUUAAAGUUUGGCAAACGGAUACGCUCCACUCAAGCGUGUGCGCGCGCACAACCCCGCACACACUGGACGCACACCUUUGCAAGUCGCGACACGCAGCGUGCCCUGGACUUAAUACUACUACUACUGCUACUAAAGUGGAUGCGCAGGACUUGAAAGAACCACUCGGACAAAUAGGCGCUUGUUAAAGAAAAGAAGUCGGCACGUUCAUCACCUCAUCCCACGUGCGUCAAUAGGUGAAUUAGCAAUAUUUAGCUAAUUGUACAAGUUGUUACGUUCAUCACCGCAUCAAAUACGCAUCAUCAAAAGAUGCCGCAAACCUCGACCCGCAUCAUCUAGACCGGACGCAUCGGGAACGAAAAGGGACCAUGAACUCGUCCACGUCCAUCACGUCGCUCUUCUCCUUCACCAGCCCGGCGGUGAAGCGUCUGCUGGGCUGGAAGCAAGGGGACGAGGAGGAGAAGUGGGCCGAGAAGGCGGUGGACUCGCUGGUGAAGAAGCUCAAGAAGAAGAAGGGAGCCAUGGAGGAGCUGGAGAGGGCCCUCAGCUGCCCCGGACAACCCAGCAAGUGCGUGACCAUCCCCCGCUCACUCGACGGGAGGCUGCAGGUGUCUCACCGCAAGGGCCUGCCGCACGUCAUCUAUUGCCGGGUGUGGCGCUGGCCCGACCUGCAGUCGCACCACGAGCUCAAAGCGCUCGACUGUUGCGAGUUCCCCUUCGGCUCCAAGCAGAAGGACAUCUGCGUCAAUCCCUACCACUACCGGCGCGUGGAAACGCCAGUGCUGCCGCCUGUCCUCGUGCCGCGCCACAGCGAGUUUAACCCGCAGCACAGCCUGCUGGCCAAGUUCCGCAACGCCUCGCUGCACAACGAGCCGCUGAUGCCGCAGAACGCCACCUACCCGGAGUCCUUCCCGCCGCUACCGGGCUCCUCGUCCUCCUUCUCAUCCUCGUCGCCGUCCUCCUCGUCCCACGGACGAUCGCCCGCCUCGCAGAGCUACCCCGACUCGCCCGGCAGCUCCACGGAGCCGGGUAGCCCCUACCACAUCGCAGCAGAGACUCCGCCUCCUCCGUACAGCAUGAUGGAGUCUAGCCCCCAUGAGGACGUGAAGCCCGGCAACUCCACGGAAACCACAAAGCUCACCUUCUCCGCUCCACACAUAGAUUUGCGUCCGGUGUGCUACGAGGAACCCGAAUACUGGUGCUCCAUCGCCUACUACGAGCUGAACAACCGGGUAGGCGAGACGUUUCACGCGUCGUCGCGCAGCGUGCUGGUGGACGGCUUCACCGACCCGUCCAACAACAAAAACCGCUUCUGCCUCGGCCUGCUGUCCAACGUCAACCGCAACUCCACCAUCGAGCACACGCGGCGACACAUCGGCAAAGGCUUACACUUGUACUACGUGGGCGGCGAGGUGUACGCCGAGUGCCUGAGCGACAGCAGCGUGUUCGUCCAGAGCCGCAACUGCAACUUCCAGCACGGCUUCCACGCCACCACCGUGUGCAAGAUCCCCAGCGGCUGCAGCCUGAAGAUCUUCAACAACCAGCUGUUCGCGCAGCUGCUCGCCCAGUCCGUCAAUCACGGCUUCGAGGUGGUCUACGAGCUCACCAAGAUGUGCACCAUCCGCAUGAGCUUCGUCAAGGGCUGGGGGGCCGAGUAUCACCGGCAGGACGUGACCAGCACCCCCUGCUGGAUCGAGGUGCACCUACACGGGCCCUUGCAGUGGCUGGACAAGGUCCUCACCCAAAUGGGUUCCCCUCACAACCCCAUCUCCUCCGUGUCCUAGCAAGCAGGCAGGUGGUGGUGGGCGCUUCGGCACGGGGGCACAGCUCCUCCACAAGCCUUCGGGUUGUGUUCCUUGUUUACUGUGAGACUGACUUUCAUUUGGCUUCUUUACAGCUUGGUGUUGUUUUCUUGCAUAUCGCUGCAGCACUUAUUUGUGUGUGUGUGUGAUGUCUUUAAAUAUAAUUUUAACAUACAGACCUAUUUUUAUUUGUGCUUAUAUAAAAUUUUCUUUCAAGUCUAAAAGGG